AUGAAGUCCUGACCCCCCAUGAGGUGGACCCACCCAGGGAGGAGGACAGCCUGUUACUUUUCAGACAGUGAACAAGUACAACAGUCAAUACCACAAACUCUUUCAGUUGGUCCCUAAAGAUGAGCUCUUAAUGAAAGUGUACUCGUGUGCGCUGCUGCGUGACAUCCUGCUUCAAGGCCGCCUUUAUAUUUCCAGAAACUGGUUGUGUUUCUACGCACACCUCUUUGGAAAGGACAUCAAGGUGUGCAUUCCUGUGGUUUCGGUGCGACUGGUGAAAAAACACAAGACGGCCGGCCUGGUGCCAAACGGCCUGGCUAUCACCAUGGAUAUGGGACAGAAGUACGUGUUUGUGUCGUUACUUUCCAGGGACAACGUGUACGACGUCCUCAGGAGGAUCUGCACUCACCUGCAGGUGAACGGGAAGAGUCUGAGUGUGAAAGAGUUCCUGGAGGAACCCAGCUCCUUGUCCACGGAUGAGUUUCCCGAAGUUGCACCGUGGUCGAGGACGCCGUCACUUCCCAACGUCUCCUCCUCACUUCCUGAUCUGCUUGGAGACUCCUCCUCCCCUAGCCACGCCCCCGACAAGCCCUUCAUAGCGCACACUCUGACUGAAGAAGAGCAUCUGGAAGUUCUUCCACAGAUGUGUGACGAGGAGAAGCAGCUGCUCAAAGUGUUCAUCCUGCUGGUGGCCGUGUUAGUGUUGUCGUCGUCUUACCUCGCCUUCCGGGUGUGUCGUCUGGAGCAGCGGCUCAGCUUCCUCACGCACAGGUGUGGCGAGGUGCCCUGCUGGACGACCAAUCAGAGGUCUUGACAGGUCGAGGGCUUUCUCAGAGUGGUUACCAUAGCAACCUCACCCUCGUGAGGGUAGAUGGACCUGAACAACAUUUAAUGUUAGCAAACACGCAAGCUUGUUUCACUUUAAAACAUAGAUCACCACGGCAACCACGCCAUGUGAUAGCCGGCUCACGGCGAGAAGUAGUGGCACUCACCACAGGGAGGCGCCAGAUGACAUUUAAGGAAUUGAACCAGCCCAGUGCGGAGGUGGCUGUAAUCUUAUUAUAUUGUGGUUAAGCGCCAGGCAACUAAGCCCACUUUUGGGGUCAAAGGUCAUGUGUUAACUGAUUAGUUGACCACAAACAUCCCGGGUAAGCUGGAGCCUACCCCAGCUAGACAGCCUGGACUAGGUAAUGGUCAAUUACAGGACAUGUUAAAUGAUACGCCCCCUUCCUUUCAAUCAAACACUACCACGCCCCCUCCUGAGCUGUCAAAUCCAUCAAUUGUGUUUUGCUGUUUUUUUCACAAUAAAACACAAGUGAAAAAAUAAAAGUUGUGUUGUUUGUGUUAUGAAAUAUCUUUAUUAUCCCCAAAUUUCUAAAAGACGAUGGCGGUAGGAAACUUCCUGUGCCCGUUUGCUAAGCAAGUGGGAAGUGUGCAGUUUCAUUUUAAAAACCGUCCUUUUACAUCCUGUUUCCUGUCCGAUCUCUGCUAGCUGCUAACGCCGCUACUCUGUGAUUCGUUCACGUCGGGUUGGCUGGAGAAGCGUCUGGGAUGGACGGGCUCGGCCAAAAAGGCCACGGUGACGACGGCGUCCGGGCAGUCCGCUUCCAUCUCUCGCCGCAUCCUGCUCGAGAGCAACCGCACGUCGGAGUGGGCAUUAGCCACGGUGUGGCGCCGCAUGCCGCCGGACUUCUCCAGGUAGGCCUCCCCUUCGUGUUCCACCAAGGGCGCCAGAGAGGAGCACUCGCACAUCGGAGGCUGGGUCACGUCGGGCUGCGAACCGUCUCCUAGCAACCAGCGCAGAUGCCGGCACUCUGUGAAAAUAGACACAAAACAUCUGAACUAUCUUUGAGGGACGGGCAAACUUUGAAAAAGGAAGCACGCUUAGCGAGCCGCCUCCUUCCAGUUUAAGACUUUAAUCACCAAGUUGUGAUCCUCUUGACCAAAGCUGGUGUGUUUAUUUAUGGUGUCUGCUUCUUGGAAUUCCUGAAACAUUCCAGCAGCCUGCGGCAGUUAGCCACAUUGCUAACAGGCAACCGCGUCAAAAAACAAACUACAGUAAUUACAAAACCCAAAACCAGUGAAGUUGGCACGU